AACUUUUGCAGAGUGGUUUCCGAAUUUGAAGCUGUUGAAUUUGAGUUAUAGUUGCAGAAAGUCACGGAAAUAUUUUAUCUCUGGAGUUUCUAUGGAGGGUAGCGAUGAGCAAAUGAAUCCUAAUGAUAUCAAAGCACAUGGAGACACCAAAAUGGAGCCACCGACAAGACAAGCUCUGGAUCCAUUUGCCAAACUGGAGGAAAUAGAAACAAGGGAAACAUUUGAUUUUCACAAAGGAGAAAAAGUGGAGCCAUUUGUGAAAGCAGAGCCAUUCGGUCUUCCCAAACCAAAGCGGCCAAAUCCUCCCAGGAUAGAAACAAACCCACAUUUUUUUGGCAUUCCACUGAGUGAACUGAGGCCUAUAUUGCCACUAAAGGUAAGCCGGAUAAGAGAUUUUAUCAGGCUACUGUUGAAUUAUCCCAUGAGAACAGUGCACGAUAGCAAACUCAAGGCUUGGAUUCAAGAAGCUUCAAGAAGGAGACAUUCUUUGGAUGAUUUGAACCGCCUUCUCAAUCAGAAGCCUCUUGAAUGCUUCCAAGGCCUUUUACCAGUGUACGUACUGAAGAGCGUGGAAAGGGGUUGGAGUCCCAACUAUAUUUAUUCUGACGGGACACCAGAAGAUAUUCUCAAUUUAUCUGUGAAUCUUGCUGUGGAUCAAUUGGUUCAAACUUUAUUGUCUGAGGAUGAUCAUGUACGAAACAUUCACCAUGUCCUGUUCUCUACAAGAGAUGCAACUGAAAAAAGACUAGUUAAGAAAAAAAUAGAAUCAGUCUUGAAAGACAAGGAAAUUCUACUUCGCCUUCAUGAAACCUUCUCCAGAAUCUUACUCAUCGACGCCUCAGAUUACCAAGGUCUUGCUGCGGAGAUACAUGUUCAACAGCAGAUAGCUCAACAAUUUCAUCUUCCAUUGAUAGAAGGCAAUGACGAUUUGCUUAAAACAAGCAUUGAGAAAGAGAUGUCAAGAAAAAAAUACUUGGUGCUUUUGGUGGAUGGAGAAGCCAAAGAGCCUCUUGAUCCUUGGAAAGUGGGUUUUCCUGAAGAACUUGCAGGAGUUGUGGUGUGCAUUACCACUGAAUCUUCGAAGCGGGCUAAUAGUGAAUUAACAGUGGCAAUGGCUCUGAAUAUCAACACAACGGAUCACUUAUUGCCGUGGGAAGUUAUCUGUACAAACAUCGGAAUUCCGAUUUUACCAUUAUCCAGCGCUGAGAGAAUGGCUGUGCGUAUAGUUAAAGAAUGCGGUGCUCAUCUUCUUGCCGGUGUCAUUGUGGCAAGAUUACUGAGGAAGGAAAUAUAUGCUUCACAAUGGGAACUUGCCUUGUUCAAAUUGAGUUCGCUUCAUCCUUCCUAUGACAUCGGUACAUUUCAAGGCCAGAGCAGUGUCUUAAAUAAAGCAUUCAUAAACUUCAUCUGGCAUGAUUUAAGUAAGACACAGAAAUAUUGCCUUACAUCAUGCUUAUUCAUUUCUAAAUUUGGGAAGCCAGAAAAUGAGUUGGUAAAUUAUUGGAUUUCUUCUCGAUUAGUGGGUGCUAGAGAAGCCAAGCAUAAUCUGACAGAGCUUGUGGACCGUUUUGCCUUGUUGCAACUAAAGGACAAGAAGUCAAGGUAUAUUCAAAUUCCACAAGAGAUAUAUGAUAUCUUGCAAUUAUUAAACAGUCAGAAUCCUUUGAUCAUGAAAAAAUCUGAGUUGGGGUUGGUUGAACCACCAAAGAGUGAGCUAUGGCAUAGUGCUAUAUAUAUUGACUUGGCAGACAAUAAGCUGUUUGAGCUACCUUUUUCCCCGGAUUGUCAUGAACUCAAAGUGUUAAAGUUGCACAACAAUGCUGAUUUGACAAAAAUCCCACCCCAUUUCUUCUUUAAAAUGCCUCUACUUUGCGUCUUGGAUUUGUCCUACACUAGUAUUAGAGAAUUACCGAACUCCUUUUUUGAGUUGGAGCAACUUAGGGAACUCUAUAUGAAAUCUUGUGAAUGCUUCAUGAAACUACCCUCAGAGGUUGGGAAAUUGAAGAAUCUAGAGAAGAUUGACCUUGACAAGACUCAAAUUACACAUUUGCCAAAAGAGAUCCAGGAAUUGACCAACCUCCAAAGUUUGACUCUUUGUUUGUACGAGUAUCGUGGCAAGAAAAGUAAAGAAUAUACCAGCUCAACAAUUAUUCCUUCUGGGGUGAUUUCAAAGCUUAAAGGCCUAAAACAUUUAAGCAUUGACGUAAACCCCGAUGAUGAGCGAUGGGAAGAGAAUUUGCAAGUCAUUCUACCAGAACUCUGGGUAUUAGAAUGCUUGCAAACUAUUAGUUUUUACAUUCCAAUGAUAGAACUUUUAUAUCUCAUGCCUGCACGCAUUUUUGAGCUUGAUUUUAGAUUCAUUAUUGGCAGACAUAUGUCAAGGAUCAUUUCAGGUACACUGCCCACAGCUGAAGAAAAAUUUAAACAAAGUGAGCGUAGCAUAAAGUUUGUGAAAGGUGUUGAUGUCCCUUAUGAAAUAGCAAGUGUUGUUAGACAUAGCAAGGCUUUAUUUUUAGACAGACACAUGACCAUCAAGGAUCUCUCAAAAUUUGGCAUGACGAGUAUAGAGCAAUUACAGGUGUGUAUAUUGGCUGAAUGUAAGGAGAUGCAAACAAUUAUUGAUGGAAGAUGCUCGAGCAGUAAAGAUAUACUUCCCCUUAACAACUGUUUCACCUUGGAUUUUCUGGGCAACCUUUCACUCUUGAAGGUGCUUGUAGUUAAAGAUUGUCCAAAAAUAGGUGCUUUAAUAACUUAUGGACCAACCAAACCUGGAGCAGGCACUUUCCUCCCAAAAUUAAGAACAAUAGCACUUCUCCAUCUUCCUGAAUUGAUCAGCAUUUCUAAUGGAUUACACAUGGGUCCAAGUUUAGAAAACAUAGGAAUUUAUAAUUGCCCAAAACUUCAGAGGCUUUCCAAAAUGGAACUGUCAAGUCAGAAUUUGAAAGCCAUCAAAGGAGAAGCCAAGUGGUGGAAAGCAUUGAUGUGGAGUGAAGCAGAAUGGGGAACAGUUGGCCGGCCAUCUGUUUUUGAUUGCAUCUUUUCUCCAAUUAAUAAACAGGAUGACAUUAUGAGUCAACUAGAGUUGGAUGAUGAUAUUGAUGACUGUCCAGCGAUAGGGGGGAUAGUGUGUGAGCCACUGAAGUCUUCCAGUGGCAAGGUCUCCGAGGAUAUGAGGUCUAUCAUAACAAAUGAGAUAGUGGUUGAGCCUCCACAGUCUUCCGGAAGCAGGGUCUCCAAGUACAAGGGGACCAAGGAAGCAAGAUGGACGAUAAUAUCUCCGUCUCUUGACGAUGGGUUUAGUUGGAGAAAAUGUGGCGAAAAAAAAAUUCUUAAUUCCAAAAUUUCAAGAGAAUAUUACAGAUGCACUCAUAAAAAUGUCGAGGGUUGCCGAGCUUUCAAACAAGUGCAGAGAGAUGACAAUAUUCCUGACCUUUACAAUAUCACCUACCAUGGUCAUCACACUUGCAGACAAAUCUACAGGGAAACAGAAUCAUCCAUGAACAAUCACGUCGACUUAAGGUCUCAAUCUUGGGUAGAUGAUGAUGAUGAUAUUUGCCAUCAUCCAGCGUCACCGCCUUCUGGUUUGAGCAUAUUCGCGAAUGAAAAGCAUAUUGCCAAGCGAACCAGCAGGGGGGGCGACACUUGCUUACCAGCCUCCUAUGCGAUAAAUUCUACUCUAGCUGACGGUAUAAACCAGAUGGCCGUGCCAACAUGCGAUUCAAAUCUUUCAAUUUUGUCUAUGGGACUUGAGAUUGAACCUUCAGCGAGUAUUGGCCCAGAUAUAAUUGAACUGGCUUCUCCCAGUCAUCCAGGAAUUUACAGUUCCCCGUUUGAGGAAUUUGACGACAUCGCCUGCUGA